AUGCAGCGACACUCCAGCUCGUCCAUCAAGGGCGCGUCCGGGGGCUACGGCAGCGGCGAUGCUGAGAAGCACGCCGAUGUCUCCCGGGGCGAGGACCUUCACAUCCGCGGUCUCGAGACCUCUGCCGAGACCUCGCUGCACCGUGGGCUCAAGGCUCGUCACAUUUCCAUGAUUGCCAUCGGUGGUGCCCUGGGAACAGGUCUCAUCAUUGGUACUGGUAGUGCGCUGGCCACCUCCGGUCCCGGUUCUCUCUUCAUCUCCUACACCUUCAUCGGUGCCGUCGUCUUCUUGGUCAUGGCUGCUCUUGGUGAGAUGGCUGCUUGGCUGCCUCUCAGUGCUGGUUUCACCGGUUACGCUACUCGUUACUGCCACCCCUCUCUCGGUUUCGCUCUCGGAUGGACAUACUGGUGCAAGUACAUCAUCAUCACUCCCAACCAGCUUACCGCCGCCGCCCUCGUUAUCCAGGAAUGGGUACCGCGAGAGAAACUCAAUCCAGGUGUCUUCAUUGCCAUCUUCAUUGUCAUCAUCUUCUGCAUCAAUUACUUCGGUGGUAUCAAGUUCUUCGGAGAGUUCGAGUUCUGGCUGUCUUCCAUUAAGGUCGUGGUCAUUGUCGGCAUCAUUCUCUUCUCCCUCAUCAUCGCUUGUGGCGGUGGCCCCAACCGCGAACCCCUCGGCUUCAAGUACUGGUCCGACCCCGGUGCCUUUGCCAUCCCCACGGGCUACCCCAAAGGCUCCUUGGGCAAGUUCCUCGGUUUCUGGUCCGUCAUGGUCAACGCCACCUUCGCCUACUUGGGAACUGAGCUUGUCGGUGUUACUGCUGGCGAGGCCCAGAACCCCCGCCGCAGCAUCCCCAAGGCCAUCAACCUGACCUUCUACCGUAUCCUCUUCUUCUACUGUCUCUCUGUCCUCCUCGUCGGCAUGAUUGUCCCCUACAACAGUGACAAGCUAUCCUUCGCCAACUCCCAGCAGACCGGAGCCAGCGCCAGUCCCUUCGUCGUCGCUGCCAAGCUCGCCGGUGUCAACGCCCUCCCCAACAUCAUCAAUGCCUGUAUCCUCAUCUUUGUCUUCUCCGCCUCCAACUCCGAUCUCUACAUUGCCAGCCGUACCCUCUACGGUCUUGCCUCCGACGAGUCCGCCCCCGCCAUCUUCAAGAAGACUGACCGCCGUGGUGUUCCCUACCCCGCCCUCUUCCUGUGCACUGCCUUCACCUUCCUGGCCUUCAUGAACGUCGCCGACGACUCCAAGAAGGUGUUCAAGCACUUUGUCAACCUGACCACCAUCUUCGGUAUCCUGACCUGGAUCUCCAUCCUCGUCACCCACAUCUACUUCGUCAAGGCCCGCCGCGCCCAGGACAUUCCCGACAGCGCCAUGCCUUACAGGGCACCUCUGGGCGUCUGGGGCUCGUACAUCGCUCUCUUCUUCUGCUGCCUCAUCGCCCUGACCAAGAACUACGGAGUCUUCAUCAACACCGGCAAGCCCUUCGACUACGCCACCUUCAUCACCGCCUACCUCGGCAUCCCCGUCUACCUUAUCGCCCUUGUCGGCCACAUGAUCUACACCAAGAGCCGCGGCCACAAGGCCCACGAGGUCGACUUCUACACCGGCAAGGACGUCAUCGACAAGGAGGAGGAGGAGUACCUCGAGAACCAGGCCGCGCGCGCCGCCUCCGCCAGGGGCUGGGACAAGUUCUACAACAGGUACAUUUCGUGGCUGUUCUGA